CCUUGCCUGAAUCGCCUAGAGCCGUUUUCCGUUUAUGGAUUAUCCACUCGCCUCACCAUGAACUUCGUAAUUCUCCUGACGAUUUUCGGAAUUUGCACAGGUGCUCCACAAUUUCUGCACCAGCAGUACAAUCCCAGUCCUUACGCGCAUGAAGCAGUUCUCGUUAAUUCAGCGAUGGAAGAUGCAUUACCCCGAGAUCUAAAGAAUCAUUUCUAUGAUAAUCCGAAAAUAGCUGCAGCCCUAGCCCAAGAGUCCUGGCUAGCCAAAAAGGAGAUGCAGGUGAUCAAUCGAGAGGCAGACAGGAUUCCAAGGCAAAAGAUAUUCGAUGUACUGCAGCAAGCUGGAUUCGCCCGUUGAAUUUCCACCAAUCAAUCAUUCUCCAAUCGAUGCACUUUAUUUAUUGCCAUCCAAACUAUUGUGUCUACAACAUCCACAUUUGCCAUGUUUUAUCGACAGCAUAACUCAAUGAUCUUGAUGAUCUUAAUGAUCUUAUGUACAAAAAUAAACAAAUUACUUUUUUUUUUUUGCAGUCCAGUCCUGCAAGGUAUGAACGACGCAACUCAAUCCCAUUGUUUUUUAUUUUAAAAAAUACAUCAAUCGUUCGAGGAAAUUGAGUCUGUUGUUACCCAUGAGUCUUAUCUUCUCUCUGAAUUUAUAUAUUCAAAUCGUUCGGCUGCGUCAUGUGGUCUUAUGUAACUCUCAGCUAUGUUUAUCAAAAACUUUCCAAGGCAAUGACCUGGUGCAACCCGGAGAGGACUGCAAGUCUCAAAUCACUCGUUUCAGUCUGCCAAUAUCUUCGAUUACACUGGAAUUAUCCUAGAAUUUUUAUUCUUAUAUUUAUUUUUGUUGCGAAGGGAAAAUUAAAUAGUGGAAAUUGAUGUCGUCA